AUGUCGCCGCCGGAGGAAGAGGGCCGGCACGCGGAGGCCUCGCUGACAGUCCGCGUGGAGGCGGGGGCGGUGCGCGGCCGCGUCGCGGAGGCGGAGGGGGUGGCUGGCUGCCACCGGCGCUACCGCUACCGCAGCUUCCAGGGCAUCCCGUACGCGCGGCCGCCAGUAGGCCAACUGCGGUUCAAGCCCCCGGAAGCGGUGGAGCCGUGGGAGGGCGUGCGCGACGCCAUCUGCGAGGGAGCGGAGUGCGCACAGCUCGACUUCUGGGAGCGCCACUACAAGGGCGACGAGGACUGCCUCUACCUCAACGUCUACACGCCGCUGGUGGAGCCCGCCCCCAGCCCUGGUGGCUGGCCCGUUAUGGUGUGGGUGCAUGGGGGCGGCUUCGCCCACAGCUCGGGCACGACGCGCGAAUAUGGACCAGACUACCUGCUGGCACAUCAGGUCAUCCUCGUCACCUUCAACUACCGCCUGGGACCGCUCGGCUUCCUGACCACGGGCGACGCGGCGUGUCCCGGCAAUAUGGGCCUACGCGACGUGCUGGCGGCGCUACACUGGGUGCGUCGUAACAUCGCCGCCUUCGGGGGCGACGCCGACAACGUGACCAUCUUCGGCGAGAGCGCCGGCUCCAUCAUCUGCCACGGGCUGCUGCUCUCACCCGCCGCCGACGGCCUGUUCCACAAGGUGAUCUGCCAGAGUGGCGUCACGUUCGCGGCGGCGCUCAACAGCCCGGUGGCGGACCGCUCGUGGCGGCUGGCGCGGCACAUGGGCCUGCCGGCGGGGGCGUCCUCCCACGAGAUGCUCGACUUCCUGCGAGGCCAGCCCGCCAGGGCGCUGGUCGAGAACCAGAUGGCCGCGCGCUCCCAGCAGGACGUGGACAUGCUGGAGCAGUUCCCGUUCGUGCCGGUGCUGGAGUCGGCUGGCAGCCCUGGGGCGCUGAUCACCAGGGAGCCGGCGGACCUGCUGCGCAGCGGCGCCUUCCGCCAGCGGCCGCUCAUCAUCGGCUUCACCUCCAGGGAGGGCCUGCUCUUCUUCAAGGACAUUCUCCAAAACAAGUCAGCGAUACCAGAUCUGGACAAAAACUUCCACAAGAUCAUCCCGUCCAACGUGCCCAUGAAGGACCCCCUUCGUGUCUUCGUGGGGAAGAAGAUAAAGAAGUUCUACUUCGGCAGCCAGCCGUUUGACGAGUCCAGCAUCGGCACGUACUGUGACGUGCGGGGCGACAUGCUGUUCUUCUACCCGUCGGUGCUGGCGGGCCGCCUCCACGCCCGCCUCCGCGACGCCGCCCCGCUCUACCUGUACCACUUCGCCGUCGACGGCCGACUCAACAUGUUCAAGAAACGCUUCGGCGCUGACGCCCACACAGGUGCGAGCCACGGGGACGACGUGCUGUACCUGUUCACGGCCGACUGCUGCCGCAACGUCCAGCUGGAGCCCGACUGCCUGGAGGCCAGAACCGUCGCCCGCAUGACGCGCAUGUGGACCAACUUCGCCAAGACGGGGAACCCGACGCCGGACGCCGGCGACCCCGUGCUGGGGGGCGUGGCGUGGCCGUCCAGCGGCGGCGGCCAGCUGCGCUACCUGGACAUCUGCGGGGGCGGGCUGCGCGUGCUGUCCGAGCUGCCCCCCUCCUACCAGCGGCGCGUCGCCUUCUGGGACGGCCUGGCCGCCAGCCCCGCAGUGCUCAAGGUCGUCGAGUUCGUCAUCUGCUGCCGCGCCGCGCUGGCGCGCCUCCUGCGCAGGAACUGACACGCCUGCCAGCUCAAAAGUGCGUCGGGAACGGCACGAGUUAACUAGGGCAAAGGUCCUCCAACGUGGUCCCAGAAAUCUCUGUUUCCAGCUUAUAAGACUCUCCCGCAUGGAAUGGACAUUGAAAGAACUCCCUGUUACACAUUUCUCGUAUAUUUUACGAAUUGAUCGCCUCUCUCUCAAACAGUUCAUCUUUUGUACGAAUACAGGCUUCAUAGUGCCGGCGGUAACGAGUGUGUUCUGCGUCACGUAACUCACAAAACAAGACGUGCUUCUGUCACUGGCAAGAGUACCAUAAACCGACAACUAGACUUAACUCCACAAACAAAAGUAUGAUGUUGUUUCAAUAAGUGGUCACAAAUAAUGCCAACUCAUAUUUCACUGACAAUCUCUGCUGGUGUGAUGUCUGUAUGUAAAUACGCUGCCAUAGUAUAGAUGUGAAAACUUUGUACCCCGAUGUCGCGUGACAGUUGUCUCAUCCGUGAAAAUACUGUCGUCUAAUGUGGCAAUUAUGAACUUCCGGAUCCCUUAUCUACAUUUCCUUUUACCUGAGGAAUCCUGGUCCCUAAAUAUUAACACGUAUUCUCGAAGCACUCUCCAUAUUUCUUUUACAGUUCUACUGUCUAUUGCUAGUUUUUCCCUUUACAAAAUAAGUCAAGCAGUGGCCAAACCUAAAUCAAACGAAAGUUAGUAUUGUCUGGGAGACCUCACAAUCAUGUAGUCCAUACAUCCUAUAAACUCGACAGCAACAGCCAUAACGUUUCCAACCGGCGCACCGCUGCACCUAUACCAGAGCACCUGACCAAACCUACACCUACAUACAUUCCAAGUCGAAACGCAAAACGAUUUCUGUGGACCCCAAGUCUUGGACCAUCAAAUAUGCCCGGACACUGAACCUUUCUGACAGAACCAACUCACGCCUUCUCGUUCUUUCCUUUAACAGGGCCCACCUCCCCUCAUUUGUUUUCUUUGCUUUCCCCUGCAUAACGAUGGACAAACUCCUUCCUCACAUCACUUACCCAACUGUCAUGUACCCUCCCACUUAAACUUGUUCUCCUGCUGAGCGGCAUUUUGGAACACUGCCAGUCCAGGAUUGACAAUCAGGAAGAAAAGAGGAUGCUGAACAGUACAUUUUAAAGAUGAAAACAAUGUUUUGCAAUGGCUAAUUUCCCCAUUGGGAAAUAUUGGCACAUUUCGUUACGAGGUGACGUGUGCACUAACCGCAACUCCUACAAAUAUUAAAAGGUCAGUGCACUACCGAGUUGCCCUAACCAAAGAAAAUAAGGGAAAGGAUGUUCGCUUAUGAGCCAGCUGAAUGCUCCACAUCAGUAUCACUGAUGCUGCCAACUCAAAAACGAGGGUCAGUCAGAAACUGAUACCACCUUUCUUUAUAAUUAUCUUACAAGGAAAGCAAAUGCCAUAUAAAUAGGAUAACAACAACAACAUUCACUAUUAAUUCGUUACUUUUCAAUAUAAUCACCACAUUUGUUCACAGUUUCUUUUUCAUCUUCAAAUAAGAGCAUUUAUACUUGUGCAGUAAAGAUCAUGGUCUCGCUUCCUGAGACACUGUCACAAAGAAUUUUUCAGAGUCUUCAAACGGGUGACCCGAUAAUCCACUCUGAAUCGCCUAACAAGUGGAAGUCAGACGGUGGAAGUUCAGGGCUGCAUGGUCCAUAGGGCAAGACUUCUCAGUCAGUUUUGGAAUUUCGCCAGUCGUGAUGUGACUGGUGUGUGACAUUGCACUGCCAUGCGAAAUAAGAACUGACUUCACUUUUGAUGGGCGAAGUCGUGCUUUCAACUUCGGUAGUGUUGGUUAGAGCUUAUUAUGCAUCUUCUCUGCAAAAAUCAUCUACAAUCGCACCCUCUAAAUCCCAAAACAUUGACGCCAUAACCUUCACAGCAGAACGUAGUGUUUUUAAUUUUUUCCAUGUCGGCAGUGUCGUGUGAUGUCAUUUCAUCGACUGCCUCUUGAACUCUGGUUCAAGAAAAUGAACCCAAGUCUCGUUUCCAGUCACAGUUUUUGACAAAAUCGCCUCUUCCUCCAUUUUGAAGCGGUGCAAUAGAUUGGAUGCAACCGUUUUUCUGGCGGUCAUUGCAAAUCAUUUGGUCGAUACAUUGGAAGUUACUGAAAGUCGCUGCACGGCCGCUCCGUGUUUCAUUAGCCAUCUAUGUUCGCUCAUCAGCUUCCCAACAGCGAUGAACCAAUCGUCUGACGGUGCUGACAUGUACUGUAGCAUUGACACACACCGUCUCCACGUUUCUCUUUCUGCAGUAAGGAGUUGGCCAGUCUAAAAUUCACGACUGCUACAUUACAACACGAUAAAGAAGAAAAAAAUUGGACACAUUACUUUCUUGCUGGCUCUGGCACAUUUCCGCUUCAGCGUACAGAGGGCGCGUUCACAUCUAACUGAAAAAAGCGCACUACUUCAACGGUGUAACAUUUUUAUAUAUUUACCAACCGGCAUUGGGUGAUUUUUUUUUUUACAAAACAGAAAAAGUAUUAUAGGGCAGAGAGAGAUACUAGAUAACACAAACGUUGUGUCAUUUACAAAUGCAAAGUUGAUGCUACAUCCAUAUUUAACAUUAAGAAUUGCCUGUACUUUAAAAAAUGAAGCUGGUCUUUCUGUUGAAAUAUAUGAUCAUAUAUUCAAACAUGGGUGACCGUUAAUUUAUUGCAGGGGAGGAACUGGAACUAUCAUUCAUGUUAAACUUUCAGGCUUUGCCAUUUUGAUUUCUAGUUCUUUCAGUAUUGUCACCUUCGUACCUAGCGUACCUGUUCACGUAACAUCACUUGAAAUAACGAUGUGCAUUUGCAACAUACGAAACGUAAAUUAGUCUUGUACAGUACUCAUUUUCUCUCAGGUACAAACUACAUAAUAUUUUCAACAUCGCUAACAAGCGAUAACACAAACUUUACUUUUUUUUAAUAAUUAGACUGCAUCCCCAUUAUUGAAUAACAUACUAUGUAUUUGGUUUGUAUUUACAGGAUUUCAGUAUUUUUGUAAGACAUACUUAAAUUUUUUCCGCCGAAGAUACGGUGCGCCAUUUCUUGUUGCGACUCUCUGACUCAUGUAGAAGAGACAUAUUUUAGGAUCUGUCUCUGUAUCUAGGAUGAUAUCCAUCAGGUCAGAGUUGUCGCCACUGCUGGAGCCGAUGUGUUUGAUCGGACGGAAUUCUGUUCGAGACUCUGGUGCAGUUAAUGGAGCAGAUUAGAUAUGAUGUGCCACAGGGUAGGAAUGUGAAUUUUGAAUUUAACGAAGCAAUAAUGUGAUUGAUGCUACAUGUUUAUCGUAGCUCAAGAAGUGUAUGAUAUUUUUGUAUUUGAUUAUAUCUAUAAUAGAAACCUACAGGUUAUACUUUAUUAUUGAUGUCAUAGUAUUGUAUAUGUUAAGUAUGUUGGUUUGACAGUUUAUAAAAAUUGAGGAAGAUCUUUAUGCUCAAAACUGUUAAUAAAUGAAUUUUUGUUAUUGAA